AUGUUGCUACAAGCCCUUGUUCUAGUCCUCCUUUUUCAUAUUGUUUCUUCCAGGUCCAACAUCACCACCUUACCCGGCUUUCCCGGUGACCUUCCAUUCAAACUUGAAACGGGGUACAUUGGAGUUGGAAACUUGGACGAUGUGCAACUAUUCUAUUACUUCAUUGAGUCCGAAGGAACUCCAGAGGAUGAUCCUCUUGUGCUUUGGCUCACCGGUGGUCCUGGCUGUUCUGGUUUUUCUGCCAUUGUAUACGAGAAUAUUGGUCCACUAUCAUUUGACUAUGCAGAUCCCUUUGACAACAAGCCACAACUCAAGUUGAAUCCAUACUCAUGGACAAAGGUUGCCAACAUAAUAUUUAUAGAUGCCCCUGUGGGGACAGGGUUCUCAUAUGCAAAAAGUUGGGAAAGAUACCCCAUUCUGAAUGACACACUAUCAGCUGCACAAACAUAUCAGUUUCUUAGAAAGUGGCUAGUGGAUCAUCCCAGGUUCCUCUCUAAUCCACUCUAUAUUGCUGGAGAUUCUUAUGCAGGCAUAGUUCUUCCGAUAAUCGUUCAAGAAGUAUCUGAUGGUAAUAGAGAUGGAGUUGAGCCAGUAAUGAAUCUCCAAGGAUAUGUGCUUGGCAACCCAGUCACAGAUGAAGAAAGAGACCAGAAUUCCCAAGUACUGUUUGCUUACCUAAAAGCUCUUAUAUCACAUGAACUAUACCAGUCAAUCAAAAGUAAUUGCAGAGGGGAGUAUGUAAAUGUGGAUCCAAACAACGCAUUAUGUGUUUACGAUCUUGAACUUGUCAACGAGUGCAUCCAAGGCAUAAGCCUUCCACAUAUAUUGGAACCUGAAUGUACUAUCAAAUCCCCAAUACCGAUAGGGAGAGAGUGGGAUCCUCGCGAUUUCAGUAAUAAGGAGCUUGUACAUUCCCUUCUUCAGUUUCCUCAAGUUUCUAGGCCAUGGUGUCGGGCUUAUAAUUAUUUUUCUUCAUUUACUUGGGCAAAUGAUAAAACUGUUCAAUCUGCUCUUCAUGUAGAAAAGGGAAGCAUCAAGGAAUGGGUUAGAUGCAAUUGGAGCUUAAGUGAUUCAUAUGUGAAAGAUGUUUCUUCUAGUGUUGGUUAUCAUCAGAACCUCGCAAGAAAAGGCUAUAGAGUUCUGAUAUACAGUGGUGAUCAUGAUAUGGCUAUUCCAUAUGUGGGUACUGUUGCUUGGAUAGAAUCUCUGAACUUGACUCUCGACAGUCAAUGGAAACCUUGGUUCGUCAAUGCACAAGUUGCGGGCUACAAAACAAAGUAUACAUUGGGAAAAUAUGAGUUGACAUAUACAACCAUAAAGGGUGCCGGUCACACAGCUCCAGAGUACAAACCCAAAGAAUGUUUUGCUAUGAUCAGUAGAUGGUUCGCAUACUACCCUCUAUAGUUCUUUUGGAGUAAUUUAUCUUCAAAAAGCACAAAUAAAUGUUAAUUCUUAAAAUUAACAAGAAUAUUAAUGAUUUACCCUGCGGUGCAUUAAACAAUGUUGGGUUGGUAAACUCUUUCCUCUGUUUUUGUUUGUUCGCCACAA